AUGGACCCAGACAUCCUACACUCCUUCCAGAAAGAGCUCACCUGUCUUAUCUGCCUGAACUACCUGGUAGACCCAGUCACUAUCGGCUGUGGGCACAGCUUCUGUAGGCCCUGUCUCUACCUUUCCUGGGACAAAGCUCAAACUCCUGCCCACUGUCCUGCCUGCAGGGAGCCAUCACAGCAGAAGGACUUCAAAACCAAUAUUAUUCUCAAGAGUUUGGUGUCUAUCGCCAGAAAAGCCAGCCUCUGGCAAUUCCUGAGCUCUGAGGAACAAAUGUGUGGGACCCACAAGGAGACCAAGAAGAUGUUCUGUGAAGUGGACAAGAGCCUGCUCUGUUCACUCUGCUCUAAGUCUCAGGAGCACAGGACUCACAGACACUGUCCCAUUGAAGGGGCAGCUGAGGAACAGCGGGAAAAGCUCUUAAAGCAAAUGAGGUCUUUAUGGAAAAAGAUCCAAGAAAAUCAGAAAAACCUGAAUGAGGAGAGCAGGAUAAUCCUCCUGUGGAUGUGCUACGUGUUCCUAAGGGCAGAGAUGAUCAAGGAUGAGUACAGGAAGCUGCAUCCAGUUCUCCAUGAGGAAGAAAAACAACAUUUAGAGAGAAUAAAAAAGGAACGCCAUGAGAUUUUUCAACAACUCAAAAGAAAUAAAGUCAAAAUGAAGCAAAAGAGGAAACAUCUUAAAGAAAUGUAUGAAGAACUCAUGGAAAUGAGCCACAAACCAGAUGUGGAGCUGCUCCAGGAUGUGGGAGACAUACUUACAAGGAGUGAGUCCGUGCUGCUGCACAUGCCCCAGCCUGUGGACGCAGCACUCAGUGCAGGGCCCAUCACUGGACUGGUGGACAGGCUCAACUGCUUUCGAGUGGAGAUUUCCUUCCAUAAUGAAAUAACGAAUCACAAUAUCAGGCUGUUUGAUGAUGUGAGAAGCUUCCUGUUUAGACCUGAUCAUGAAGAUGGAUCUCUGAAUUCCGACAGAUCUGACUAUUCCGCUGCAUGGGGAGCCCCGGGCUUCACCUCUGGGAAACACUACUGGGAGCUGGAUGUUGAUGACUCUUGGGACUGGGCUCUGGGAGUCUGUAAGGAUUCUGGGAUAAGCAAUCCUGGCACAAUACUUGAAUCUGAGGACGUAUUUCUCCUUUUAUGUGUAAAGGAGGGUAAUCAUUACAGUCUCUUAACCACCUCCCCGAUGUGUCCCCACUACGUAGAGAAACCUCUGGGUCGGGUUGGUGUGUUUCUUGAUUUUGAGAGUAGAAGUGUGAGUUUUUUGAAUGUUGCCAAGAGUUCCCUCAUAUGGAGGUACCCUGCUGGCUCUUUCAACUCCCCGGUCAGGCCAUUUUUUUACACUAGACACAGAUGAACAGGGAUAAGCCAGGAACCUGCCUGUGUGUCUUGGGACUCUAUACCAGGGAGCCCUUCUCAGUUAAAGCAAAGCAAUAUUUUACUGUCUUAAGUUUUUUCUACUU